AUGCAGCUUCGCCUUGAGGGGAGUUUUAGAGCGUCUCACGCGGCAGCACAAUCGACAGUGCGUGAUGCUGUUCAAGCGAUCUCUGAUCGCGUAGACUCAGCGGAGGCCAGCCUCGUUGAAGCUCGCGCUCGUCUGGAUGAGGCUCUCGAUAUUCAUGUAGCCAACUUACAAUUGAUCGCUCCGGAAAAUAUAAGGCAACAGAUUGCUGAACUCUGCGAAGAAGGUGUUCAUGAAGCUUUACGGUCGGCGCAGAUAUCGUUUAACGCAGCCGUCGAAGAGAAGGCGGAGUGCCACGCGUCUCUAAUCGAGCAGCGUCUUUGGGAACGGGUCGACGACACUCAACGCCAAGCGCAAAACGCAAUGACAAGUCGAAUGAGGGCUAGCGAGGAUCAAAUGCAAGCACGACUUGAAGCAUUGUUGGCUGCGGCCUCCUCACACACGGAUUCGAGUGUCACUUCGCUCGAAUCAAAGUUGGGCAAGAAAACUAUCGAGUUAUGCAGCACUUUGGAGCGCUCCAUGAGCAAAAAAGUCAGUAUGAGUGUGAAAUCACUCGAGAAAAAAGUUAAUGACCGACUUGAUGCAGCUAAAGUGCAGAUCCUGGGCGAAGCGCACAUUCAGGUGCUAGCUGCUGUUGCUCAAAUGGAGACUCGGGUAUCAAGCCUCCAGCAUCUUGUUGAAGCGCAACAGCUAGUAGAAGCUGACAAGGAUGAAGUGAAAGAGGCUCUUGCUGCUCAGAUGGAGCGGAUGCAUUUAUCGCAAAAACUUAGCGCUGAGGGUUUGGAUGAUCGAAUUCAGCGCGCGAUCCGCGAUCUGGAAGUACGGGUUGAAGGUACCACACGGAAACAGGUGAAUGAAUUGGAGCGGCUUCAAUGGUAA